AUGCGGCGCUACAAGCCAAGGAAUCAGAUGUGGCACUGGUGCGUUGCGGUGGAUAUUCGGAAGGUGGGUCUAAUCCAGGCGGAAGUUCCGAACACCACGUCAUUCCGGCCGGAACGGCAUGGAUCAGAGCUCACCGGCCAGUUUGAGACAAGCAACAAGACCAUCGAACUACUUCUCACAAAGCAACCACACUUGACUACAUUAUCCACCUUGGAAUAUCAUCAAAACGCACACUCCGACGUAAUGGCUGGUGUCAAAGGCUACUCCGUGGGAGACAUUCAGGCUCAAGCGGCUUUUACUUCUGAAAUCGAAAUCAACGGACAUCCAUCUCUCCAGGACUUUGUUAACUUUCAAGAUGUUCAUCGCAAGGUUAUGGACGCUCGCCCAGGGAUGUAUCUGAAAUAUCUUCCUCACCAAUUCGAUGUUGUGAAUGGCCAACUGCGAACCGGCGGAGCCUACCUAUUCGAUACGCAUGAGAAUGCGGCUGACUACUGGGACUGGACUACCAACAUCUUCGAAGUUGACGAGCCCAAAGUCAAGUUCUGGAGCCAGCCUUUAUUCAAAGCCUCAAAGCGUUUCAUUUGGCAAGUCAUCGGAGCCACCAACUUCGGGCCGGUCGAGUAUCACGCUGUCGGCAGAUUCCAGCGCUGGACCUACGAUGGGGCCAACGUUGAGAAAGAGCUGCAACGUAUCUACCCAGAGCUUAAGAGGAAGGCCGAGGAGCAGGGAGCACUCGCGUUUUGGCUCUUGCAUCACCCCGAGGAGAAACAGAUUGGUAUACAACUUGCAUUCGGCAAGAUGGAAGGGACCGACCCUCUGACAGUUGGCCUGCUCGGUGUCUCCGAUGAGGAAAUUGGAGGCGUUCCCAAUCCAUUCUAA